AUGGAAAAGUUCAUGAAGUACGCCAACUUCUUUUACACGGCUGUUGGUAUUGAGCCGUACAAAAAGGAUUUGCUGGAACACAAAAAAAGUCUUACCAGCCAAAUCGUUUUCUGGGCCAAUGUGAUUAACUUGACUCUGGUUGCGAUCGGCGAGAGUAUUUAUUUUCGCAGUGCCUAUAGCAGUGGAAAGCUUCUGGAGGCCGUCACUGUGCUAUCCUAUAUUGGAUUUAUUAUUGUGGGCAUGAGCAAGAUGUGCUUCAUCUGGUGGAAGAAGGCGGCCAUGAAUGGAAUGGUGAGGGAGUUGGAGGAGAUCUACCCGCGGGGAAAAAUGCAGGAGCAGAGAUACAAGUUGGAGAAGUAUCUUCGAUCUUGCUCCAGGAUCAGCUUCACUUACUCGCUGCUCUACUCGCUGCUCAUCUGGACUUUCAACUUGUUCAGCAUAAUGCAGUUCCUGGUCUACGAAAAGUGGCUGAACAUUCGCGAGGUGGGCAAAACAUUGCCAUACUUCAUGUACAUUCCCUGGAAGUGGGAGGACAACUGGACCUAUUAUCUUGUGCUUUUCUCCCAGAACUUUGCAGGAUACACAGCAGCAGCUGGGCAAAUAUCUUCUGAUCUUUUGCUUAGCUCGGUGGCCACUCAAGUUGUAAUGCACUUUGAUUACCUCUCAGAAUCUAUGGAGACCCACGAGUUAACUGGUGAUUGCGAGAAGGACUCGGUAUUUUUGACGAAUACUGUUAGGUAUCACGAAAGGAUUCUUCGUCUCUCCGAUGUUAUGAAUGAAAUCUUUGGAAUACCACUGCUACUCAACUUCAUGGUGUCCUCGUUUGUCAUCUGCUUUGUGGGAUUCCAGAUGACUGUUGGAGUUUCGCCGGAUAUGAUUACAAAGCUUUUUCUGUUCCUAUUCUCGUCGAUGAGUCAGGUUUACUUGAUUUGUCACUACGGUCAACUGGUGGCCGAUGCGAGUUAUGGCCUCUCGGUUGCUGCCUAUAGUCAAAACUGGAAUCACGCUGACAUCCGCUAUAAACGAGCCUUGGUACUUAUAAUAGCUCGAGCACAGAAACUGACUUAUCUGAAGGCCACCAUAUUUUUGGACAUAAGCAGAUCUACGAUGACGGAUCUUCUUCAGAUUUCCUACAAGUUCUUCGCUUUGCUUCGCACUAUGUACGUUCAAUAA